GCAGCGACAUCAAUAUUGCCACUAUGGAUCAAUAAUGGUCUUGAAAAAACAACUGAACAGGGUAUCGAAGAUUGUGUUUGUUUUGAAUACAGAUCAAUGGUUAAAUGAUCGUUUUCAAUGAGGAUUCCUAAUUUACGUUCUGUGACUUGUAUCAAGUUUCUGUUGUUUAAACAAUUCAGUUGAUAGUUUCAAAGUAAAGUUAGCAAUUCAAGAUUAUGGUCAUCAGGUUAUGUGAUAUAGGAUAUAUACAGAUGGAUUAUGCGGGCUAAAGUUGAACUUAAUUGCUGGAUGUACCUGUAACUUUAAGAUAUUGUUGAAUGUGGUGGAUUUAUGGUUAUUCUGAACCGAAUUUAAAACAAUGGGAUGGACGUGAAAAUGUUGCCCAGAAAAGCCAGAUGGUCUAAGACAGCGCGUAGCCUCCCGGAGAGUUCCCGUCGCCCACAGUUAGCUCGAGAAUGGACCUUCCAUUCUGUAGAUGCCGAGGAUUUCACCAAUGCUUCUGUUCCCUACAGACUCCCGAGGAUCGACACGCCCAGAGAGGCAUUCUGCAGAUUUGAUGGUGACCCAGACAAUGUUUGGACUCGCCACGGUUACCAGAAUCAACUAAAAAUCCCUGGAGAACUAGGUCCUGUUGUUCGGAUGCUAAAUCCACCUCAGACUUAUGCUCAAGCCGAGCGGCAGAUGAACCUUGUGGUGCCGAAAUUCAAGAAUGCUGCUAUAACCCCUACCAUGCGACCCAUUCACUGGACUCCCCCACAGAAAGAUAUUGAUGAUGUACAGGUGUAUAAAAGUAUGAUCUCAGCAGUUCGAAACAAACAUUUAGAAGUGGAAGGAACCCGUCCUGAGCCCACCCCAUCUCCUAUCUCGAGAUGUGACUCUCCCGCCAAAUCUGUCAAAAGUAUUCACUGGAUGCUGGGUAGCAACAAACAUCCUACAUUUGAUGUAAAGGGUAGAGGGCGAAACCAGGGGCCAUUCUCCAGGGAGUUCACCGUCCGCUGUACUGCCCCAACCAACUGGAUGAGGAUGAAGUGGGGGCGGGCUAAUACAGUGUAUCACUGAUGAUGUCACAUCCUGUUCUCAUUACAUCAGUUCAGCUGCACAGACAGAUGGUGGGCGUGAUUGUAACAAAAUCGAGUGCAACCAUUACUGAAGAACAUAGAAGAAACUCCAGCAGUUGUCAUUGCGUUCCUAUUUUCUUGUGUUGAUAUUGUUUAUUGAUAUGUGAAUCACUGUUUAUUGAUAUGUGAAUCACUGUUCACUUUCUUGUACACAUCUUUCUCUUGUAAAAAUAUCUUUUAAAAAGGACUCAUAGGAUAUAUAUGUACAUACAUGUAAUUAGUUACAGAGAAACUUUAACAAUUUGCUGCAGACAUGAUUUGUGAUGACUUGAUAUCUGCUUUAUCUAUGGGAGCCUGUAAUAUGUUAAACUUAUUGUAUUUGCCCCCCCCCCCCCCCCCCUAAAAAGCAGUAAUUCAUUUUUGAAUUGUAAAGUAUGAAUGACCCAAUUUUUUUUCAUUGUCGAGGACAGUACAAUGUACCUUCAAUACCUUGCAUUUUAAAACAUUUUUUAUUUACCACUUUUGUGAAUGCACAGGAACAUUGAAUUUCAGGGACUGUUGGUCAUUCUGUCACAUUCAGUAAAACACAGCUAUAUAUUGAAGUAUCAGGAAGUAGUAGGUGUAAUUUAUGAUAUCUGUGGUGUUCUUCAUUAUAUCCAGUAGAUCUCUGUAAGCAUGUUCAUUAUAACCUUGUUUUACUGUAUACUUUGUGAUGUUUGACGUCAACAUUCUUUUCAUGAAGCACUAAUGCACUUCAUGAAGCAUGCCAGCAUGAAACGUCGCAGUUCAUACCUUCAUGUAUUUUCAAAAAUGAAACUUAUUUCUUAAAUAUACACAUAAGUAUUUCAUGUGUUGAACCUGAUUAUUGGAGGAAAAUUAUAUCUUUCUUCUUAAUGAUUUUCUCUCUAAAAAAUCUGUGCCAAUCUGUUAUAAUUAUGUACUUUUUCCCCAUUAUCAAAAAUGCCAGAAAAAAGAUUGGUAUUGCCAAGGUCAUUGUGCAAACUAUGCCAAAUCAGACUCUAAAUGAACAGAAAUGAAGUACAUUGAAGACUAUGGGUGAAUGGAAUCCAUCGUGGAUCCUUGUGCUUGGAUAAAUCCACCAUGGCAAAAUGUGUAUAGCAACAGUUGAUCAUGCUACAGUAGUAUUUCUAUAAGCUGUAUUGACACUGAUUUUGACUACGGAUAACUCCGUUUACUUAAUCAAGAUAUAGGGCUCAUGGCGGAUGUAACCAGUUGACAGGAGAUGCUUACUCCUCCUAGGCACCUGAUCCCACCUCUGGCAUAUCCAGGGGUCCAUGUUUGCCCAACUCUCUAUUUUGUAUUGCUUAUAGGAGUUAUGAGGUUGAUCACUGUUCGUUAUCUUCACAUCAGGUUUUGUAAAAUUAAUAAUAAAGGAAGUCUAUUCUUCUCGGUAAGCAACAUCUGAUGACAUCUUUAGUAUUUUUGUAGCAAUUUUGAAAAAUUCAUUUUGAUUUUAGAAGUGUUGAUACCAGUAGAAUUAUAUACAAACUAUAAUUGAUGACUUUUUUGUGCACAGUAAUUUGUAGCAAUGUUUAAGUUUUCCUCUAGAUUGUAAAAUUGAUCAAUGAUUCUACAAGAAAUAGUAAUGGUGUACUUUAUGAUUCUUACUGGUGUAACAUCUGAAGCAUGGACCCACUGCCAUGUUGGAUCAAUCCAAACUCUUAAGUUACCGCUGUUGAUUCUCUACAUAUUUGAUAAAGGGAAAAUUUGAAAUGAUUUUCAAGGUCCUAUAUAUUGUAGUUCAAGGUAACCAAAUCAAGCAUUACAAUGCUAACUUCCAGUUGAUACAUAUAUUACUGAUAUCUGUGGAAAGAUACAUUUAUAUGGGCCUUUGAUGAAGUAGACUUUUAAAUCAUUAAGGUGAUAGAAAGAAUUUUGUCUUGAAGGUCAAAGCUAUCACAUCAAAACCGAUUUGUAGAUGACAGACUUUGGUAGCAAUUGAUGGACAUUCUUAUGUUUUCACAUUCAUGACAGAAAAGCAUGCUUUUGAUUCUCAUUGAAGUGCAGACUAGUAUUACUUACAUAUACCGUUGUCUUGGUUGGCUGUUAUGUCUAUUUCACUACAAUGUGCCUUGGAAGUGGGGAACCUAGCAUACAUAUUGAUGUAAACUGUGAUGUUCUUAUUUAUUUUCAUACUUGAUUCUUUUACUUAUUGUUUUUGUUACUUGAAAUACUGAAUAAAAUUAGAUUGCUCUACAUAUAGAAAA